AUGGACGACGUUGUAGCAGAUAUCGACGCCAAGCUGGCUGCUGUUCGGCUAGGCGGUGGAGAGAAGGCAAUCCAGCGCAUGAGGAAGGCGGGGAAGAAAUUACCGAGAGAGAGACUAUCGCUGCUGCUCGACCCACAUACGCCCUUCCUUGAGCUGUCGCCGCUAGCUGCUCACGAGGUGUAUCCAGAAUCAGUUCCAUCUGCUGGAAUUAUUACUGGUAUUGGUCGGAUUUCAGGUCGAGAAUGCGUGAUAGUAGUCAAUGAUGCAACAGUCAAAGGUGGCUCAUACUAUCCGCUAACAGUUAAGAAGCACCUGCGUGCCCAAGAAAUCGCAAGAGAGCAUGGGCUACCUUGUGUCUAUGUUGUUGAAUCUGGAGGGGCCGCUUUGCCGCAUCAGGCUAAUGUAUUCCCCGACAAAGAGCACUUUGGUCGCAUUUUCUACAACAUGGCUCAGAUGUCAGCCAUAGGUAUCCCACAGGUAGCUAUAGUCCACGGGAUUUCCGUCGCCGGUGGAGCGUAUGUCCCCGCUAUGGCUGAUGAGAAUAUCAUUGUUCGGGAACAAGGUCGCAUUUUUCUGGCUGGCCCACCUCUAGUAAAGGCAGCCACGGGUGAGGAAGUCGAUGAAGAAACGCUCGGCGGUGGGCUAAUGCACUCCUCCGAGAGUGGAGUGACGGAUCACCUUGCGCAAGACGAUGAACAUGCUCUUGCCAUCGCCCGUGGGAUCAUUAGCGACCUUGGCAAAGCUGGAAGUCUGGAAGUCCCGCCUCCAGCCCUCCCAGAGGAACCGUUAUACCCUGCAUCCGAGCUGCAUGGAAUUGUCGGCACUGACCUGAGGCAGGCAUUUGAUAUGAGGGAUGUGAUUGCGCGCAUAGUUGAUGGUAGUCGAUUCCGGGAGUUCAAGAAAGAAUACGGGCCUACUAUGGUUACGGGCUUCGCGCAUAUUCAUGGCUAUCCUGUCGGGAUAGUAGCGAACAACGGAAUAUUAUUCUCGCAAUCAGCGCUCAAAGCAACACAUUUCAUGCAGCUGUGCUCACAACGCCAAGUCCCAUUGCUAUUCCUCGUGAAUGUCACGGGAUACAUGGUUGGCUCGAAAGCUGAGCGCGGCGGCAUUGCCAAGGACGGCGCGAAGAUGGUUCGAGCUGUUGCGUGUGCCGACGUCCCUAAACUGACAGUCAUCGUGGGAGGAAGUUAUGGCGCUGGAAAUUAUGGCAUGUGUGGUCGGGCUUAUUCUCCGCGUUUCUUGUGGAUGUGGCCUAACGCGAAGGUAUCCGUGAUGGGCCCUGGUCAACUCUCGCAAGUCAUGGCCACAGUCUCUAAGGAUCCAACUAAACACGCAACACUUAAGUCGGAGAUUGAGGAACAAUCCACUGCACUGUAUGCGACAGCACGUCUAUGGGACGACGGCAUCAUCAAGCCCACAGAUACACGCGACACUGUAGGUUUAGCUCUGGCGCUUGCCGCUAGGAAAAUAGGACAAGAUACCAUUAAGGGUGGGUAUUCAACCACAUGGGACGGUGCAGGGAACGGCUUUGGUGCCUUCCGAAUGUAG